GUAUUAUUAAUCUAUAUUUAGCUGCCAUCCUUUGUACAAGGCAAAUUACAGUGUUACAUCAUCAUUGUUACAAUGACACUGUACUAAGAUACUGCAAAUACUGAGCCUCGGUCAGGGGUACUUUGACUAAAUCGCGAUGCCAAAUCUUGACUCGGACAAUUUGGUCUUUUCUGCUUACCGUCGUCUCUGUUGCCAAGGGGACGUCAGAGCGUCAUGACGGCUAGAACUAUGCUAAGGCAUUUUAAACCUACUGCAAAUCCGUAGAAAAUCCCAUACAAAUCCGUAGAAAAUCUAAAGCAUACAUAAGCAGAACAUAGCAGACUACCAUGGUAUCCACACUGGACGCUCUCUGGGAGGACAGAGAUGUCAGAUUCGAUAUUACCGCGCAGCAAAUGAAGACGAGGCCGGGUGAAGUGCUCAUCGACUGCCUGGACUCCAUUGAAGAUACGAAAGGAAACAACGGGGACAGAGGGAGGCUUCUUGUGACCAACCUGAGGAUCAUCUGGCACUCUUUGGCUCUGCCCAGAGUUAACCUGUCGGUGGGAUACAAUUCUGUUAUUAACAUCACAACAAGAACUGCUAAUUCGAAGCUACGAGGGCAGACCGAAGCACUUUACAUAUUAACCAAGAGCAAUAAUACCAGAUUUGAGUUCAUUUUCACCAGUGUUGUUCCUGGAAGUCCACGGCUGUUCACCUCCGUCAUUGCAGUCCACAGGGCUUAUGAAACGUCUAAAAUGUACCGCGAUCUGAAAUUACGAGCGGCUCUCAUUCAUAACAAGCACCUGAGGCUCUUGCCUCAAGAGCAGCUCUACAACAAAAUUAACGGAGUGUGGAACUUAUCUAGUGACCAGGGAAACUUGGGAACCUUCUUUAUCACCAACGUGCGAAUUGUGUGGCAUGCAAACAUGAACGAGAGCUUCAACGUCAGCAUUCCUUACCUGCAGAUUCGCUCCAUUAAGAUCAGAGACUCAAAAUUUGGAUUGGCACUGGUGAUUGAGAGCUCUCAACAAACAGGGGGAUAUGUGCUUGGCUUCAAGAUUGACCCUUUGGAUAAACUGCAGGAUGUGGUAAAAGAGAUUAACUCACUGCACAAAGUUUACUCUGCCAGCCCCAUCUUUGGAGUGGACUACGAGAUGGAGGAGAAGCCCCAGCCACUAGAGGAGCUAACAGUGGAGCAGCCUGCCGACGACGUGGAGAUCGAGCCAGAUGAGCAGACAGAUGCUUUCACGGCAUACUUUGCAGAUGGCAAUAAGCAACAAGACCGAGAGCCAGUAUUUUCUGAAGAGCUUGGCUUGGCCGUUGAAAAGCCGAAAGAAGGAUUUACUCUUCAGGGACUCUGGGAAGUUAUGUCUUAAUAAGACUGUUGGAAUUUUUUUUAUUGUAUGUUUUCAGUGUCAUUUGAAUAGGUUAAAGAAUAUGGCCAGUUAUUUAACACUGUUUAAAUAGCAAGAAACUUGUCAGUUCUAAAUAUAUUAUAAGUAAAUUUUAUAAAUACCCACAUAAACAGUAUUAAAAUUUUGCUUUGUGGCAAAAACUCCAAAAGGAACCUUACUUGAAUUGAGACUAGUAUAUUUCUUCAUAGUUGUUUUAUUGGUACCGGCAUUUGUAAACUAAUUUGCAUUUUUGUGUCAAAAUUCUGUACUGCAGCUAAAGUUUUAGUAUUAAGUUUUGCAAACUUUUAUUGUGUCAAAAUUGUGUCUGUUAUUUGGCUUGUAUUUUUAUUGUAGUUUUUGAAAGUAUCUGGCUUGUAAAUGUCAAGUCCUAAUUCAGUGUAUGAAAAGAAAGCUGAGUGAUUUAUUCGCUUUAGAGAUGUGACGUCCCCCUCUGCAAGCAGUGACCCAGAGGCUAUUUACAAACGCAUCUGAGGGGAUGAAGUAUGAUACAAUUGGGUAAAGAGGAUUGACCGUCACCUGUUAGGCGAAGCAGCUGUUCCUUGACCUUGCUCACAAGCGGGGCUGUACUUUGGAAAAUAAAACUUUGAAUUUACA